GCACUGCCAUAAAGAAAGUGUGAAGAGCUCAGCAAUACAAGAGCAAUUUCUUCAAUACAGCCCCAUCAAGUUUUCAAUGGAACUUGAGGCUGCUGAAUUUGAGGUGAACUUCACCAGAAAAUUCGUUGUCAAAGCUUCAAAUCCCUUGGUGAAGCCUCAUAUCCUCACUCUCUCAAACUUAGACUUGCUCUCAGGCCGCUUUCCAGUCUCAUACUUCUAUUUCUAUCCCAGCAAGCCAGAUGCCAACAUUAAUAUCAUAGAAUCCCUCAAGAGCUCCCUAGCCAAAACCCUCAAUUAUUACUACCCAUUUGCUGGUCAGAUUGUCCUAAAUCCAAAUACCAACGAACCCGAAAUCAUGUGUGACAAUAGCGGAGCUCUAGUUCUUGAAGCUCAAGCUAACAUUCCUUUAAACACAUUAAACUUCUAUGAUCUUGAUCAGUCUCUUCGAGGGAACAAGCUAGUCUCCAUCCACCCCGACUUUCCUCUACAAAUCCAAGUCACAUAUUACACUUGUGGGGGUGUUUCGAUCACAUUCACUUUUGACCAUGCACUUGGGGAUGCUAGUAGCUUUGGUAAAUUCCUCCUUUCGUGGUCCGAAAUGGCCCGAAACAAGCCAAUCUCCUGCUUACCGGAUCACCAGAGAAACCUCCGAAUCAGUGCACGCAACCCUCCUAGGUACCACUCCUCCUUGGACCAAAGUUUUGUCAAGUGCACCAUGGAAGAGAUCAUGAAUAUCCCAACACCCAAACCCUUGGUUAAGCGGCUUUAUUUCAUCAAUAAUUCGAGCAUUAAUCAGCUGCAAAGUCAAGCAUGUAGAAAUGGUACGAAGAGAACAAAAAUUGAGGCAGUCUCGGCUUAUGUAUGGAAAACUAUGGUCAAAGCCAAUAUCAUCAGUACCAGCACUAACAAAACCCAUACUGCAAUGUGUAAGAUGGGCUGGUUAGUGGAUGGACGAUCUAGAUUGCAUAAAAGAGAUCAAAAUCCCAAUUCCAAUAUGUCAAAUUACAUUGGGAAUGUGUUGUCUUUGGCUUUUGGAGAGGCAAGUGUGGAUGAGUUGAAGAAGGGUUCUAUAUCAGAUGUUGCUGACAUAGUGCGUGAGGCAAUUUCCAAAGUAACAAAUGAGGAACAUUUCUUGGAUUUGAUUGAUUGGAUUCAGUGCCACAGGCCAGGAUUAAUGCUAUCCAAGAUUGUGCUAGGACAAGGAGGAGUGCCGGCACUUGUUUUGUCAUCGGGGAGAAUGUUUCCAGUUGCUGAAUUGGACUUCGGAUUUGGGAGUCCGGUGCUUGGGACGGUCUGUUCAACUAUUGAGAGGAUUGGAGUGGCUUACAUGAACCAAAGGCCAAGUGCAAAGGGUGAUGGUUCUUGGACUGUUUCAUGUAUCUUAUGGCCAGAAUUAGCAGCUGCUUUAGAAUUUGACUCCAUUUUUCAGCCCAUGACUGCAGGCUAUCUACAACUUCAAUCCUAGUUAUGUAUAUAUUCUUCUAUUUUCUUUUCUCUGUAAUUCAGUAAGCAUCUCAACUCUCUAGUCUUGAAUCCCAUUAGACCUACUUCAGAGAGAGUGAUCCAAUGUAAUGCAACUGUAAAUGGGCUUUUAUAACCGGAACUGUUUACUUUCUAAAUAACCAUUGUAGAAUAGUCUCUAUUAAAAAUGCAAUUAUAUUGUAGAAGUCAUGUACUCAUAUUAUUAUUAUUAUUAU